AGUCGCGAACUUUUGUAACGAAUAAAGUAAUAAAUUUUCAAACAUUUCUAUCCCUGCUUUGGUAGUAAGCAGAAGAACUGCAGUUAAUUGCUCUAGAAGGUUGAAAAUUCGUAAAUUUGUGUUGCAUCAGAUAUAGGAUUUUUACACCAGAUCCUGUUGUUGUAGAGCACUUGAUUCUCCCAGCUAAUGCAUGGCUGUUGCAUAAAAACUCGAAAUCCAAGGUGGACUUUUAUUUAUCAGGCAUGUUUUUUUGUUAAACCUCGGUGAGAUAUUGCCUGUGCUGUGGUAUACGAAGACCACGUGAACGUCACACCCACUUCACGUUAUUUUCUCCCAUCACCAAGUUAUUGGACGGUAUUGGUUGUCCUAUUGUAAGCUGGCUUAUGUCUUUUAUUUUACGAUCGUGCAAUGGUCCUUGUGCAGAGACCAUUGUAUCAUAUCAGAUAUUUAUGGUACCAUAUAGGAUUGGGACCCUCCUUCUCCUCCUAUCGAUGUGCAGGCAAGACACUCAAAUGACGCAGAGGGGAGGUGUAAGUAGAAAAAGUACAAGAAAAAGAGCGAGAUGCAUGUCUUCGUUUGUUCAUCGAUUGUCAUUCAAAGAAAACGGGUCGCAUUGUGUCUGAUACCACAUCUGCUGUCCCGACCGGCAUGCCUUACAGGAGCAAUGAAGUGGACGAAAGGAACAAAUGGACAACUAGAUUCAAAUACUUUUUAUACUUCUUCAAUGUCGUCUCUCUGGUGCUGGCUAUUGUGGUGAUGACCAUGGCCAUUUACAUCCGAGCCGAUUGGACCAUCAAACAUUACAUUUACGAAUUGGAAGCGUAUCUAAUGUGGACGGGCCCUUACAUUCUGAUGGCCUCCUGUUCUUUCACCAUCGUCAUCUCUGCAUUAGGAUGUUGGGCCACCGUUUACGAAAACCCUUUUCUUCUCACUGCGUUCACCAUGGCCACUGGAGCAACGGCAUUGAUUGGUCUCGGUGGAGUUGCCUAUUCGCUCAAUCAUGGCAUCACCUUCUCCGACAUUACUCCAUGGCUAACGGAUCGCUUCACUUACUUGGUGUUUGAAUCCGAUACUGAUCCCCGGUCAGCUCGUAUCGUUCGAAUUAUGCAAGAAGAGUUGGGUUGUUGUGGUGGAAGUGGAUGGCAGGAUUAUGCCAAUUACAAUAUGGAAAUCCCGUACGAAUGUCGUAAUCCAGUCACCGGCAACAUGUACGUCUACGGGUGCGGAAUCAUUUUCUCUGAUUUUAUGGAACCUCUUGUCGCGUGGAUGUCUGGAAUUGCCCUUUUGCUGAUUGUCCUACAGAUAAUGGCCAUGGUAGCUGCCAUGAUUCUGCGCCGCAAUUUCAAACGCGAAGAUAAACUCAUCAGUGGCCACCAAAAGUCAGCUACUUACACUGCUGUUCGGAGCCGAAAUAUUUAAAAUGUAAAUUUUUGUAUAUGUGUAGAGCAACGUGGAUGUUUCAUUGGUUUUUGACAUGAAAUUCAGUGAUUCCAUAUUUUAAUCAGUCAUAAUGUUAUACAUUUGUUCUUUCUGCAUGCUGCGAAUUCAACUACGAAUAAUACAU